AAAACUCAAAAAGUCUCUUGGCUAGGCUAGGAGGUGACGUCAUCUUCACCUUCCCUGAAAUUUCACACCUUUUUCCCGUUUUGCCCUUGGUUAGAGAAACCUUCCUAUUUCCGCUGCUUCGCCUUUUUCAAUUUCCUCGAAGAUUUUUUUUUUUCUUCACCCUGGGUUCUAAGAUUUUCCUCUCAGUUUCGUAGUCUUUUGAUCCGAGAAAAUGGAGCUCGAUUUUGAAGCUAAUAAUUUGCUUGAAGACGAAGCUGCUGAAGUUGGACAUAAUGAUGAGGCUGGAAUUGAAGGGGAGAGAUGUGGGAUUUGCAUGGAUAUAAUCAUUGAUAGAGGUGUUCUUGAUUGUUGUCAGCACUGGUUCUGCUUUGAAUGCAUUGAUAAUUGGUCUACGAUUAUGAAUCUGUGCCCUCUCUGUCAGAGAGAGUUUCAGUUGAUUACAUGUGUCCCUGUGAAUGAUUCAGGUGAAAGCAGCAAGGUUGAUGAGGCUUCGUUAUCAGGAGAUGAAGAUUGGUGCAUUGAGGAGGAGACUGACGGCGUCUCUUCUCCGUCACACUAUAUUGACGAAAAUGCAGUUAUCUGUUUAGAUGGAGAUCUUUGCAAGAUCCGUAACAGCUUCAGUUACAUAGGAGGGGAUUCCAACCUCGAUACAUCAAUUGCUUGUGAUUCUUGUGAUACAUGGUAUCAUGCAAUUUGUGUGGGGUUUGAUCUUGAAAUUGCAUCAGAGGAUACAUGGGUAUGUCCGAGAUGUCUCUCUAGUGAAAAAGCACUUGAACCUGAUGCUUCACCUAUGGAGACAAGACAGCCCCUGGAUAAUUCUGAGAGGACAACUAGCGGAUGCUCAGUCGAGGCUGUUUACUCAGGAAAUUUUUCAGUUACAGUUGCCGAUGAUGGCGAAACAGCUCUUGUCGUAUCAACAGUCAAAGGAGACGAGUGGCUUAUGAAACCAAGUGAUACCACCACUUUGUCAGUUCAAGCUACGAUGGACGGAGACCCUGAUAGCUCGCAUCUGGAAUUAUGUCGUGAGAAGAAAAAUACAGAGCAUGUCCCAGGGAAACUGGAGUUCACGCAAUCCUUACCUCAUGAUGUAUCAUCUGAAAUACCAUCUGAUUCAAAUCAGAAACUGUUUGCUGCACACGUGGAGAAUAGCGCAGCCUUUUGUGCAACUGUACCCCGUACAGGACUUGUAGAAAAAGAUCGUCAACCUGUAAAUGUUCAAGAAUCUCUUUCCAGUACAGCCAUAUCCAGUUCUGAUGUUGCUAGUGUUAUCAGCUUAAAGAGAAAGCAUACAGAUUGCAGUGGUAAUGAUGGCAAUUCGGAAACUAAGGCUGAGAUUGCAGUACCACUUGUCGAACCAAAACUUGAGGAAAUAGAAGAAAAAGCUGCCAUUCACCAGGAGAGCAGAUCCCCUUCAAAUAAUACGACUGUUGAUAUAUUCAGCAUUAUCAAAAGAACUGGGCGUAAAAAGAAACCCAUGCGACCAAAUAUUACGGAUAAGUCUUUAGAAGGAGAGAAUGCUCUUGGUUUGAGGGUAAAGAAGAUUAAGAGGACACCGGAAGAUGAUAAAGAGUCACUGGUUCUGGUUGAGAAACUAAGGAAAGAAAUAAGAGAGGCCGUUCGUAAUAAAUCAAUGGAAGACAUCAGAACAAACCAAUUUGAUCCAAAACUCUUGGCUGCCUUCAGAGCUGCUGUCGCAGGACCUAAAAGUGAUGAUACACCUAGAAAAAUUCCGGCUUUGUCAGUAAAGGCGAAGAAGUUGAUGCUGCAGAAAGGAAAAGUUCGAGAGAAUCUCACGAAGAAAAUUUAUGCAGAUUCAAAUGGGAAGCGGAGAACUGCAUGGCACCGGGAUUGUGAAGUCGAGUUUUGGAAGCAUCGGUGCAUAAAAACUAGAAAGCCUGAAAAGAUUGAGACUUUGAAGUCUGUUCUUAGCCUCUUGAAGAAAAAACCAGCUGACGUCGAAACAAACGUUUCGUCUGAACCCCCACAGGCCUCAAAUCCUAUUCUCUCCCGAUUAUAUUUGGCAGAUACCUCAGUGUUCCCGAGAAAUCAUGAUAUCAAGCCUCUUUCGGCAUCAAAAGAAUCAGGGACCUCUCAAAACAGUGCAAAAACUACAGAAGCGGACAAGACCUUACCAAAAAUCAGUGAUACUAAGGGGAGCAGCUCAAAAGCUGCUCUAUCAAAAACAAACUCGGGAAACAAACAGUCUAUAAUGGAGACGUCAGAUGAUCUGAAGAAAGACAAAAGGAAAUGGGCAUUGCAGGUUCUUGCAAGGAAGAAAGCUAUAGCAGGCAACAACUCAAGCGAAGACAAAGAAGGCUCUCCCGAGCUCAAAGGGAAUUAUCCAUUGUUGGCUCAACUUCCAGCUGAUAUGAGGCCAGCUCUUGCAACCAGUCGCCAUAAUAAAGUUUCUGUUGCAGUUAGGCAGGCGCAACUAUAUCGCUUGACAGAACAUUUCUUGAAGAAAGAAAAUCUUCUGGAUGUUCGAAGAAGUGCAGCGACAGAACUAGCCGUUGCUGAUGCUAUAAAUAUCGAGAAAGUGAUCGCUGACAAAUCAAGUUGCAAAGUUGUGUACCUGAAUCUAUGCUCACAAGAAAUACUGCACCAUUCAGAGAGCAAAGCAAUGGAAAAUAAUGCCGUAGAACCAAAUUCUUCAUCAGCAUUGGCUAAUAACGGAACUGAAGAUAUCAGUGAUAAAGAAUCAGAAGAUCCAGCCAUCCUUCAAGCGCUCAGAGCAGCAGGUCUUGUUGAUUCACCACCAAACAGCCCGACCCAUUCAACGGAAGUUCCUCCACAUAAUGGAGACAGUUCCUUGGACAAAGCCAGGGACGUAGGCCCAGAUAAUGUACUGGACACAGGAACCAUUCCUGAUACAGACAUCUUUGGGGACUUUGAGUAUGAGUUGGAUGAGGAAGACUAUAUCGGUGCUACGAUGGCUACAAAUGCUUCAGAAACACUGCCGGACAAAGGUUUGACUAAGGUGAAAGUAGUUUUCUCCACUGUUCAACCUGAUAAAGUUAUAAACCAAUCCGAAGUCUUGGGGAAUGAAGAAACUACUGCGAACCAGAAAGAGAUCAGAAAUGGCGAAGAAGACGGGAAGAGCAUUGUUCCUAUGGAGCCUGUACCUGAGCCUGAGGCCGAGGGCGAGGGAGAAGGAGAGGGAGAGGGAGGUGAGAUCCUUUCUCUAGCUGAAUGUGAAGAACUGUACGGACCUGGUACAGAGAAACUAGUUGAGAAACCUCUCAUUGAAGGAUCUGCUGAUAACGGUAUUCAAGCUAAGGCACCUGAUUCAGAGUGCGAGAGCAACACGCACAGAGAAUUCAUCGCUUCAAACUUUGAGAAGCCGUCCAUUCAAGAGAAAAAACUUCCCAAAAGGAUUCAAAAGUGUAAUCCAAGCGAGAAGCCGUCGAAAGAAGAGAAAAGCAAAGCUGAUGGGUUCACUAACUCCGUCACCAAGAAGGUGGAAGCAUACAUCAAAGAACAUAUCAGACCACUGUGUAAGAGCGGAGUGAUAAACGUGGAGCAAUACAGAUGGGCAGUGACUAAAACCUCAGAGAAAGUGAUGAAGUAUCACAGCAAAGCCAAGAGUGCUAAUUUCUUGAUCAAAGAAGGCGACAAGAUCAAGAAACUGGCCGAGCAAUAUGUUGAAACCGCCGCUUCCUCUUCCUCGGGAGCUCACCACAAGGACAAGGACAAGUCUAAAUGACUAGCAGAUGCGUAAAUAAGAUGAUGAAGGAAACAAGUAGCUCAGUAUUAAGACGUAAAUAGGUUUUUAUUUAUCUAUUUGUCUCCUCCACGAACUUUGGAGAUUCUAUCUUCUGUCAGGCCAUUGCAUAACCUGUUUACGAGGUCUUGAAACAAAUAUAUGAAGAUAUGAAGAUAUAUUUAUUGUA